GCGUACCGCACACCAUUUACCUGUAAUCAACGUCAAAUACAUAUUGAUCAACGCGAAGAAGACAAGUUGAUGCAAUUGCUCAUGGGGCUCAAUCAGUCUUAUAAAACGGUGAGAUCUAACAUAUUGAUGAUGUCUCCAUUACCUAAUGUGAGGCAAGCCUAUUCAUUACUUGUACAAGAAGAGAUGCAGCGUCAGGUAACUUCCGAACCUACUGAGAAUUUCUCGAUUGCAUCAGCAGUGCAAAAGAAAACAAUAUAUUCAAAAUUCGCCAAGGACAAAAAGUGUGAACACUGCAAUAAAAGUGGUCAUACAAUCAAUGAGUGUCGAAUUCUUAAGUUUCACUGUAACUUUUGUGAUAGAAGGGGCCAUACAGAAGAUCGGUGUCGACAGAAAAAUAAUUCUGGAAGGACAAGACAAGACAAUCAACACAAUAACCGUGGCUAUCGAUCAUCUGCAAAUAUGGCCGAUGUUUCACAGUUGAAUACAGAAGAACAGUCACCUAAUUCCAUUCCAAAUUUUUCUUCUGAGCAAUUACGACAGAUAGCACAAGCCUUAUCUGCAAUCAAUCAUCACCCUUCUGGUAAUUCCGACAAUCACGUCAAUGUUGCAGGACUUGGCUACGGGGAAGAUGAUUGGCUCGGGUAAACAAUU